AGGAACUAUACGUUACUGCUCUGCUAAUGUGCAAGAAAGAGGUGAACAGGGAAGGAUGGAUGACUUAUGGUGUUUACUUUACAUACUUGUUGAACUUCGAGGGCCACUGCCUUGGGCUCGUGUGCGGGAUAGGCAAAGAGUGCUUAGAUUGAAAAAGGACAUUGAUCUAGAGGAGUUAUUGGAGAACUGCCCAGUGGAGCUGAUUCCAUUCGCAGAACAUAUCAGUACUUUGAAUUACUACCUCCGACCAGAUUAUAAAUUGCUGUAUAAUUUACUUGAACAAGGUUUUGAGUCGAAACAGGCCACAGUUAAGACAUCUCUAGAACUUUAUCCCGCAACUUUGGAUAUUUAUUGAUU